UUCAUUGGACGUAGUAGAACAACAAUGUAUCUUCUUUGUCUUCUAUUUGGUUUGUCAUCCGCUUAUCAAAUCAUAGUUUCUGAUAAAGAAGGCGAAACUGAUCUUUGUAAGAGCGUUUCAAAGGAUGUUAAAAAUUUGGAACAAAAGAUGGCUACGCAGCUUGAACAAAUUUUGACUUUGCUUCAACAGAGGAAAGACAAUAAAGGCAUUAAAGAUCUAGAAUUUGUAAAAACUCUUCAGGAAGUUGCAGAAGGGAAAUCAGUUAAACAAAGUUCAUUAUAUCAGGGGAAAUAUUAUCCUGCUGAAUUGGCCGUUGAUGGUAAUACAGGGACUUUUUCUCACACUCAAACCGAAGAAAAUCCGUAUUGGUUGGUAGAUCUAGGCAAACUGUAUAAAGUUAAACAGAUUGUAGUGUAUAGCCGAACAAACUGUUGUGGCUCUAAUCUGAAGAAUAUGGACGUAACUGUAGGUCCUUCUCUGGACAACAUGUCUUUGUGCACUCACUAUAAAGGUCCAGCAAGCACAGGGGGACAUUUUAACUUGGACUGUAAAGCUGCAAUGGUUGGACGCUAUGUAAAACUGUCUAUAAACAGGAAAAAUUCUAUAAUGCAGUUAGCAGAACUCAAAGUAUUUGCGUAUCGUCAAAAAUUCUAGAAUAUUAAAUAUUAUUGCUGACA